AUGGUUGUCAAAAAUGCUGAAGCUUCCGAACUUGAGGAGGGACCUGAAACAAAUGAACGUUGGGCUCUCAUGUUCGACGGUGCUGCAAAUGCAAUAAGUCAUGGAAUUGGGGCAGUGUUGAUGUCUCCCAAGAAUUUUCAUUUACCAUUCACUGCAAAGCUUUGUUUUACUUGCACGAACAACAUGGUUGAGUAUGAAGCCUGCAUAUUGGGGCUAGAAGAAGCGAUUGAGUUAAAGAUCAGGGUACUUGAGGUAUUCGGAGACUCCGCUCUAGUGAUACAUCAGAUCAGAAGUGAUUGGGAAACAAGACAUGCUAACCUAAUUCCAUACCGGGAUUACGUGCUAAAGUUACUCCCAAAAUUCGACAAUAUCUCUUUUUCUCAUAUCCCUCAGGAGGAGAAUCAAAUGGCAGAUGUUCUGGCAACCUUGGCCUCCAUGUACAAGUUAAUAUGGCUUAAUCAUCAGCCUAAUAUUGAAAUCAAGCGUUUUGACAAACCUGCACAUUGUCUGACAACAACAGAAGAGUCGGAUGAUAAACCCUGGUUCUUCGAUAUCAAACAGUAUCUAGAGAAGCAAGAAUACCCGGCGGAGGCUUCUAGCAUUGAUAAGAGGACUAUACAGAGAUUGGCGUUGAAGUUCUUCUUGAAUGGGGAUGUAUUGUACAAGCGAAAUUAUGACAUGGUUUUGUUGAGGUGUAUGGAAAAACAUGAAGCUAAUCAGCUUAUGAAGGACAUACACGAAGGAUCCUUCGGCACACACGCGAAUGGGCAUGUGAUGGCGAAGAAGAUCUUGAGGGCCGAUUACUACUGGUUACCGAUGGAAGCCGACUAUUAUCAUUACACCAGAACAUGCUACAAAUGCCAAAUCUAUGUUGAUAAAGUACAUGUACCGCCCACCCUUGAAUGUUAUAGCAUCACCACGGUCGUUCUCUAUGUGGGGUUUGACAUGAUCAGGAUGAUAGAACCCAAAACAUCUAAUGGACAUAGAUUCAUCUUAGUGGCCAUAGACUAUUUCACCAAGUGGGUGGAAGCCGCAUCUUAUGCGAAUGUCACAAAGCACGUGGUCGCCCGCUUCUUAAAAAAUAAUAUCAUAUGUCGAUAUGGGAUUCCCAGUAAAAUCAUCACUGAUAACGGGUCCAACCUCAACAACAAGAUCAUGGAAGAACUAUGGGUAACCCCUUUUUCCUUAGUAUAUGGCAUGGAAGCAGUCCUCCCUAUAGAAGUGGAGAUUCCCUCAAUGAUAGUCUUGAUGGAGGCUAAGCUAGAUGAGAUGGAAUGGGUUCAAGCAAGGUUCGACGAGCUCAACCUUAUUGAGAAGAAACGCUUGAAAGCGUUGUGUUACGGUCAACUCUAUCAGAGACGUCUUAAGAAGGCAUUCAACAAGAAAGCCUUUCCCGGAGGCGCUCUAAUCCUAGCAACCAUGGACGACAAUGAAUUGCCGCUUCCCACCAAUGUUGAUGUUGUUAAAAAGUACUUUGCCUAA